AUGUCCUCUAAUUUGAAUGUCGGUAUUGUCGGUACUGGUAUUUUCGCCAGGGAUAGACACCUGCCCUCAUACCAGGAGUAUCCUGACAAAUUCAAAGUCGUUGCUGCUUUCAACAGAACAAAGAGCAAAGCGUUGGAGUUUGCGGCAAAGGCCAGUAUCCCAGAAGACAAGGUCUAUGAUGAUGUUGAUGGGCUCAUGAGCGACAAGGAUGUUGACUACAUUGAUGCGCUUUUGCCAGUUCAAUUCAACGUCGAUACUGUUAAGAAGGCGAUUGCUCACAACAAGCCAAUUAUUUUGGAAAAGCCUGUGGCUGCUAACAUGAAGCAAGCUAGAGAGAUGGUCGAGCUUUCUGAUUCCACAGAACUGCCCAUCGGUAUUGGUGAAAACUGGCUAUUCCUUGACUGUAUCCAGGAGGCCGCAAAACACUUGGACCGCAUUGGGCCAGUGGUUGCAUUCACUCACAACUCCACAGGGCCCUUUGUUAGAGACAACAAAUAUUUGACGACUAACUGGAGACAGAAUCCCGAGCACAUUGGUGGGUUUCUGUCUGAUGGCGGUGUCCAUCAACUGGCUUUAGUCACGAGCCUUGUUGGGGAAUUUGACACCGUCUCUGCCCUGACCAGACAAAUUCGUAAAGAAUCUGGCGCGGAUGAUAUCGUGUUCGGUACUGUUAAGGUGAAGGACAGCGAUGUUAUUGGCUCAUUCACCUAUGGGUCCGCAUUUGGCGCCACUGAAAAGUCCGUGUUCUUGAAGAUUUAUGGUGUAAACGGUUCAAUCCUUGUCGACGUUUCCAACAAGACAGAACCAGUGAUCAAAGUAAGAGUAGGGGACUUUUUAGAAACCGCGCAAAAGGAGGAAGUUCAUAAAGUUGAAGUAGAUGACUCCUUUGGUGUAAACAAGGAGUUCCUGAACUUUCAUGAAGCCGUUGCUAAGAGGGAUAAGACUUUGUUGAAGAGCACGCCGAGAAUUGCCUUUCACCAUUUGGCAGUUGUUGCGGCUUUUUUGGAAUCUUCUGCCAAGAAGGGGGAUCAUGUACAGGUUGAAAGAAUUUGA